UCUACCCCAAUCUUACCACUUUCUUUCUCUCUCUCUCUCCCUCUCUGCAAAACUAAAACACACACACUUCUCUCUUUUUGAGCACACACUCAAAAAGGAGAACCUAAAACCAUGGCUUCUUCAACACCACCAGCAAAUUUUAGUAAAUGGGCCGGGGCCCAAGUCCCUCACCACUUCUCUUCCUCAUCGCUGGUUGAUGUGAGCUUCAGCUCAAAAUCCAUAUCUCUGAAGAAGCCCAACAAAAGAGCUAAUAUUCACUGUGCUGCUUCAGCUUUACACUCACCUUCAGUGCUUCAUUUACCAAAACAACCCUACCAACCACCAACAAUCACCAAAGAGGACUCAGCUCAUACACCCAAAACAGCUCAAUCACCUCACUGGAACUUACUACAGAGAGCUGCAGCUAUGGCCUUGGACAUGGCGGAGGCCGCGUUGGUGUCACUCGAGCGCAAACACCCACUUCCCACAACCGCCGACCCACGUGUCCAAAUUGCCGGAAAUUUUGCUCCGGUGCCGGAACAACCAGUGCAGCACCCGUUACCGGUCACCGGCACCAUACCCGAUUGCAUUCGAGGCGUCUACUGCCGAAAUGGGGCUAACCCGUUAUUCGAGCCGGUUGCCGGACACCACUUCUUUGACGGCGACGGCAUGGUACAUGCAGUCACCUUCAAUGGCAAUUCAGUUAGCUACGCUUGCCGGUACACCGAGACUCAGAGGCUGGUCCAAGAGAAAGAAUUAGGCCGGCCGGUCUUCCCCAAAGCUAUUGGUGAGCUCCACGGACACUCCGGUGUUGCCCGCCUCCUCCUCUUCUACGCCCGAGGGCUGUUCGGGCUUGUCGACCACAAUCACGGCACCGGAGUGGCCAACGCCGGUCUUGUAUACUUCAACCAGCGACUCCUUGCCAUGUCAGAGGAUGACCUUCCUUACCAAGUCCGUGUCAAACCCUCCGGUGACCUAGAGACCGUUGGCCGCUACGACUUCAAUGAGCAGCUCCGGUCGACCAUGAUCGCACACCCAAAGCUCGACCCAGUUUCCGGCGAGCUCUUCGCUCUCAGCUACGACAUUAUCCAGAAGCCGUAUCUCAAGUACUUCCGAUUCUCUCCUGACGGAACAAAGUCACCGGACGUUGAAAUUCCGGUGGACGUGCCGACCAUGAUGCAUGACUUCGCAAUCACCGAAAACUACGUUGUUAUACCGGACCAACAAGUGGUGUUCAAGCUUCAGGAGAUGAUAAGAGGAGGCUCUCCGGUGAUCUAUGAGAAGAACAAGAAGUCUCGGUUCGGAAUUCUAUCAAAAAAUGCCCGCAACGCUUCCGAUAUCAUAUGGGUCGAAUCGCCCGAGACUUUCUGCUUUCAUCUAUGGAACGCUUGGGAGGAACCCGAGUCCAACGAAGUCGUGGUGAUCGGGUCAUGCAUGACACCACCGGACUCGAUUUUCAACGAAUGUGACGAAAAUUUGAAAAGUGUUUUAUCAGAAAUUCGACUCAACUUGAAAACCGGUGAGUCGACUCGGCGAGCGAUAAUUCAAGACUCGGAUCAGAUAAAUCUGGAAGCGGGAAUGGUGAACCGGAACAGACUCGGACGGAAGACCCGGUUCGCGUAUCUGGCCAUUGCGGAACCGUGGCCUAAAGUUUCAGGUUUGGCCAAGGUGGACCUCUCCACCGGAGAAGUUGAGAAGUUUGUUUACGGCGACCGGAGAUACGGAGGCGAGCCGUUCUUUGUUCCCAGAGACCCGAAUUCGGAGCGGGAAGAUGAUGGGUACAUUAUGGCAUUUGUUCACGAUGAGAAGACAUGGAAAUCGGAGCUUCUGAUAGUAAACGCCAUGAAUUUAGAGUUGGAGGCUUCGGUUAAGCUUCCUUCGAGAGUUCCGUAUGGAUUUCAUGGGACGUUCAUAAGCUCAAAUGAUUUAGAGAACCAAGUCUAGACAUAUAUAAUGGUCGCUGUAGUUAAAAGUCAUAUAUAUAUAUAUAUGUGGCUAUAUAGAGAGAGAAAGAGAGAUACCAGAGGGAUGCUAGUAGUCCCCGGACUCUGCAGAACUUUUAACUCCAGCAACCAUUUUUGGUUUUUGUGUUGAGGAGCCAAGCUUGUAGCUUUUGGACUGUUGCCUGUAGGUAGUGUACGAGCUCAGCUGGUUUCUGUUUCUUUUUUAUUUUUUUUUCACUUACUGUGCUUUGUCUUCUUUCUUGUGAAGAUGGAGGUAAAGAUCUGUCUCUUAAGAUCUUCCUUCCUUGUUCUUGUAGAUAAUGUAUAUAUCUUCAGUUUUUUUGUUCUUUUUUUAUAUAUAUUCUUGUUCUUAGUUAUUUAAUUUCUCCUGCAUUAUGGAUUUUGAUUCACCACAUGCAUGCCAAUAGAAAUAUAAAAAUGUGAUACAACUGAGGUGCUUUACAGGGUGUUUGAGCUUCCAUUAAUGCACGGGUGUUCUAUCUUAAAAAUAAAAAAUAAAAAUAAAAAAUAAAAAAU